AUGACCCCGGUUAUCCUUUAUUCACCUGGCCCUGCACCAUCGGCAGCGGACAUUAUCGAUAUUCUUGGGAACCAAAUAAGCAACCACUUGUCGAUCCAAAACUCAAUCCGUCAUUUGACGCCGCAUUCUCACAUUUUUUCCACUAAAGCCAUCCCCAUUGCGCACGCCGGGUCCGUUGGGACGCUGCGACUUGGCCGGAUUGAAAUGACUGCCAUGUCGACCGCAACCAUCGAGCUCGGGUUGAUCGAAAAUAAUGAUUCGAAAAAGGGCCCGGCGGGCCCGGACGACGACGCCGGUGCCGGCGUCAAGCACGAGAUUCGCGAGUUCCGCAUAGAUCCAGAAAUCGAGCGAAGGGUCGUUAGGAAGAUGGAUAAGGUCGUGGUGCCUCUGGUGAUGAGUUUGUAUCUUAUGGCUUUCUUGGACCGGUCGAAUAUAGGAAAUGCUGAAGUGGCGGGCAUGUCGAAGGAGCUUGGAUUUGACGAUGCGCAUUACCAGUGGCUGUUGACCAUCUUUUAUAUCCCCUAUAUUCUCUUCGAAUGGUUCUCCCUGAUGUGGAAGGCUGUGCCGCCACACAUAUGGGCUUUCGGCUGUGUGAUGGUUUGGGGCCUAGCUUCAACCUUGCAAGCAGCAGCAUUCAACUGGUCCGGCCUCAUGGCCUGUCGCUGGUUCCUAGCCAUGGCGGAAGCUGGGUACGGGCCCGGUGUUCCCUACCUCUUGAGCUUCUUCUACAAGCGACACGAGCUCGGUUUCCGGUGCGGCAUCUUCGUCUCCGCCGCGCCGCUGGCCACGACCUUCGCUGGCGCUCUGGCGUACGGCAUCACGUCCGGCCAUCCGUCUAUCGAAAACUGGAGGCUUCUGUUCAUCGUGGAAGGCAUCCCGUCGGUCCUGCUUGCCUUCUUCGCCUUCUUUUUCUUGCCUGACUCGCCCGACACGGCCAAGUUCCUCAACGAAGAGGAGAAAGAGGUGGCGAGGGCGAGGGCGAUCCAACAAACCGGGCGCGAUGGAGCUGCCCGAGUGGGCCACGUGAACCUCCAAGAUGUCUUCAAAGCGCUUGCCGACAUCAAGACCUGGAUCCCGCCUCUGAUGUACUUCAGCUGCAACGUCUCCUUCAGCAGCUUGCCAGUAUUCCUCCCCACCAUCUUGCAAAAUAUGGGCUUCACCGCCAUUAACGCUCAAGGUCUCUCGGCGCCUCCCUACUUCCUCUCCUUCCUAAUCUGCAUCGCCACGACCUGGAUCGCCGACCGCACCCGGCAACGUGGACUCAUGAUCGCGGGCCUCUCCCUCGUCGGCGGCGUCGGCUACAUCCUGCUCGCCACCGUGAAGAGCGUCGCCGUCCGUUAUUUGGGCGCCUUCCUCGCUGCCGCGGGUGUGUUUCCCGCCAUCGCGAACAUUCUCCCCUGGACUAUUAACAACCAGGGCAAUGACUCCAAGCGCGGCGCCGGCAUCGCGCUGCUCAAUAUUAUUGGGCAGUGUGGACCGCUGUUGGGGACAAAGAUCUUUCCUGCGACGGAUAGGCCGUAUUAUGUCAAGGGUAUGAGUAUCUGCGCGGCGUUCAUGUUCUUCAAUGCCCUGUUGGCGCUGGGGCUGCGCACAUAUUUGGCUUGGGAGAAUAGGAGGUUUGAGAGGACGGAUGAGGCGGCGCGCUCUGCUGCACUCGAGCAGAGCGCCGUUGGAGUUGAGAACGAGGGUUACGGCUUUAGAAACAUCCUUUGA